AUGGAUUUUUGUUAGAAGCAUAACUUAGUAAAUAAAGAUAAUAAACAAUAAUAUUCAUGGUUUAAAUACUCAAUUUUUUGCAAUAUUUAUAUUAGAUUUAAUUAAUAUCCUUUAUUUAUUAUGUUUUAAUCUAAUAUGAUAGAAUUAGAAGAAUAACUCAAUUUUAGCAAAAAAAACCAUAAGCAACCUAUUCAAAUGGUUAUACUUGAUAAAAAUUUGAAGAAAGAGGAACAUCUUUUAUGUUCUAUUUGCCUGGAAGUUUGA